AUGUUGGAUUGGCGCAAGAGAUUUCAAGCCAGAACAAGCAGGGUCAAAUAUGUUGAUAUCCAUCCCACUCAACCCUGGGCUCUAGCAGGUCUCUACGCUGGAAGCCUUACCGUAUAUGAGUACACAACGCAGCAAGUGAUUCAGAAGAUAGAGGUAGGGAGUGCUCCGAUUCGUUGUGCUAAAUUUGUUCCUUCAAUGAACUGGAUUGCAUGUGGGACGGAUGAAGGUUUGAUAUGUAUCUAUAAUGCAGUGACUCAGGAGAAGUUGCACGUAUUGGAGGCACAUUCUGACUACGUUCGUUGUCUGGCAUUGCAUCCGACAUUGCCGCUGUUGCUAAGUUGUGCAGACGACAUGGACAUCCACUGUUGGAAUUUGAAUACAUUGAAUAAGAUGGCGACAUUUCUUGGUCAUCAAGAUUAUGUGAUGAAAGUAGCGUGGAAUCCUCGUGACGCUAAUAGUUUUGCAUCGUGCAGUUUGGAUGGGACUAUAAAGCUAUGGUCAUUGCCAUCUAAUAUUUCGGCAACACUAGAAUCGAACCAUCGAACUACGGAUAUCAUUAAUGUGACUAACCCCAACUACACAUUAUUGGGGCAUACUAAGGGUGUUAAUUCCGUCGAGUUUUGUGAAGCUUUGGAUAAGCCAUUUAUCAUUUCCGCAUCUGAUGAUCAUACCAUCCGUGUAUGGGAUUGUCAAUCACGCCAAUGUCUACAGACACUAUCAGGACACCAAGCGAACGUCUCACAUGCCGUUUUUCAUCCAUAUCUGGCAGUGGUUCUGUCGGCAUCUGAAGAUGGUGCGGUACGCAUAUGGAACGCCUCUACCUAUCGUUGCACACAGGAAGAGCAAAUCGGCAUGGGACGUGUUUGGUAUGUGGGUCUGAAACAUGACUCAAAUGAGAUCGCGAUCGCUGCUGAUGAAGGUAUAUGCCUCGUCUCUCUUGGAUCCGAUCGACCGCUGGUUACGAUGCAUUCUUCGGGUGGUCGUGUGGUUUUGGUCAAGGGCUCCGCGGAUUUCCAUUCUAUCAACUUUAAGCAAGUAGAUGCUGCUAUGCUAUUGGACGGCAAAAAGGUUAGUGUGCAACCGAAGGAAAUCGGCAGUAGUGACUUGUUCCCCCAUCGCAUAGAGUUCUCCCCCAAUGGUCGCUACCUUGGUGUUCAAGGCGAAGAACAAUUCUCAAUUUUAACCUCUCAGGCCCUACGAGUCAAAAGCUACGGCCAAGCCGACUACUUUGCGUGGCUUGCAGAUGGCUCCUAUGCUGUCGCCCAAACUGGAGAGUUCAGCAGCAGCGUCGAAAUUAAGGACGACUCCGGAUCCAUCGCCAGCUUCACUCCCGGCCAUGCAUCCAUCACGGGCCUCUUCGGCAACGGUCCUCUUCUCGCCGUGGCUCACGGCGGCCACGCCGAGGAUGCCACAAAUAACGGAACGACCGCCACCGAGACCGUUCCGGCGAGUCGUUACGGCUACAGACAUAGCAUCAGCUUCUAUCACCCCCAGGGUAGUCGACUGAUUGUGGAGUUGCCGGUAGCAGCGGUGGAGGUGUGUUGGCACAAAAAUCGCUGCACGGUUGCUACGGAGACGGGCAUUUUGCUCUUCGACUAUCACGCCGACCUCAUGCAGGAUAUUAUCGAGCGGAAUGAACCGGAAACUGACGAGGGUCUGCCGUAUGUCUUCACGCUCUUGGCCGAGUGGAACCAGGCAAACAUAAUUUCGGCACUCAUGGUCGGUUCAGAUGCCGUAUUUUACACCACUCGUCUUGGGAAACUCUGUCUCCUAUCGCAUGGCUUGAGAACUGAGUACAGUAAUGUGCAAGGCGACCAGUACCUGCUGGGAUAUCUCGAGACGCAUCAGCGCCUCCUAACAGCGGACCGGGACGGGAAAAUAACAUCUCACUUUGUGGACAGCAACUUUCUGAAGCUUAUCGAUGUUUCUAAGUGUUCCACUUGGGAAAUUAGUCUCACAUCGGAAGCCGGUGGUGCUGAGACCGAGCAGCAAUUGGAAGAGACGCUGGAGCAAUUACUGCAAGACACAAAUGAGAAGUGCCGUCCACUAGCCCUUAAGUUGCUCUCCAGACAAGGCUAUGAUGAAUUAGCUCUUAAAUAUGCUACUGAUCCUACCACUAAAUAUGACAUGGCAUUGAAACUGAAGAAACUGCCUAUUGUGGUCCAAAUGCUACAGGAAGAUCCCGUUCUGAGCGACAAACCGGAAAGGCGCUGGAACGCCGUUGGGCAGGUCGCUUUACAAUGUGGGGAAAUUGACAUCGCUAUACAAGCCUAUCGUGCCGCACAAAACCUGCCUUCACUCUUCAUGAUAGCACUUUCCCUCAGCGACCAAGAUCUGCUCCAGGAGGUCGCCCAUGAGUCUGCCAGAAACGCUGAACAAAAUAAUGAGAAGACUAGAAGCCUCGCCAAUCUAGCUUAUCUAGGUUACUAUCUCUUGCGGGACCACAAUAAUUGCAUCAGACUACUCCUUGACAACCAACAAGAGGCAGAGGCGGCUCUCUAUGCCCGGUCCUUCGCUCCAUCACAACUUGAAUCCGUCGUCCAACGAUGGGAGGCCAAGAACGCCAUCAAGGUCGAAAGAUGGCCAAAACUUCAAGUCGCCUGCGAUGCCGCCAAAAUCAUGGACCGGGUCUUCAACACAUUCAAACCCGAACAUGUCCGUGACUAUGAAGAUCUGGAAGGCUUCGACUUUGCCGAAGAAUUCGAAAAUCUGGGGCCCGAAGAAUUCGCAGCCGGAAUUGGACCGAAUAAAGAGGAUUAG